AAUGGCCAAACACUUGAGAAAACCGGCAUGGACUCGGAAAUUAACUAGCCAUUGUUUUGUGGUUGCCGUGCUUUGCAGGACGAAAAACGAGGCCGAUAAUUGAUCUUUGUUAUAUCUCAUUCUCAAGCGGAGCAAACAGAUUUCCAGUCAGACAUGCAGGACCAAGGCUGUGUGAUAAAAAUAGACAAAAUAUUGUACACGUACAAUCUGGGACGUGAAAUCCUAGUAAAUGCUAGAUUCACACCAAAUCUGCCUGUCUCCUAUCCUAAAUUGCAGCGAUCUCCUUGAGUUGAGAGACACUGCCGAAGUAACUUUUUAAAUUACCAAUCUCUUGAGUUCUAUGCAAAAUUCUGGGAUAAUAGAGAAGGGUUUUGUUGGGGGCCGUAGGGGAUGGGGAGGUGGGGGAGCUACACACACAUGGGCAAAAAAUCUGCAUGUCACUUCAGAAAGGCAAUGCUUUAUAUAAAAACUGACAUUUAAUCUUUUCUCUAAAUUGCAGUCUGGAAUUCAUCUAAUUCAUCUAGUUAUGACAGUAGAACACGUCCGGAAAGUUAUAAAACAUUACAGCAUCAUGUGGCACAAUACUGCAACUUUCCAAUGCAUACUUCUGGUGCAGAGGGGUCACUGAACUUAGAAAAACCUCUUAAUCGACAGCGCUUUCAUUUAGAAAUGGUGCAAGUGUUGAUUCGACAUGGAGACAGAACUCCUGCGAUGUUUAUCCCUAACAUGGACAAUGGAAACUAUGAUUAUGAUUGCACAUUCAGAACUAAAAAUUACAACCACAAACAAAUGUUUGAAGAAUAUACACAGGCAACCAGACGUGUCACUACACGUGAGUUUCAAAAAGAUUUGAGAAGUUCUCACCAACUUCUUCCGUCAGGGCAUACAUGUCGGAUUGGUCAACUGACACAGAAAGGUUUUCUACAGCAUUUUACUCUUGGGAAACAUCUGAGGACAGCUUACAGUAGUUUGAUAAACACAGACAUCAAAUCUAGUGAUCUUCAUGUGCGAUCGACUCAGAGAACAAGAUGUGUGCAAAGUGCUGCUGCCUUUCUGUAUGGCUUGUUAACGAAGGACACUAUUUUGAAAGAGGGUCUAACCAUCAACAUCACCUCUGAUAUAUGGUUUCAAGAAGAUGACAAUGGCAUACGCUACAACUGCCCUUCAUUGAGGAACCGUUGGAAUGGAUACAAACAAGGAAGAGAAUACAAAGCAGGAGCUGAAAAAAUAGAACCGAUCAUGCAGCAGUUUUCAGGGCUGUUAAGGGUGCCAAGGGCAUCUCUGCCAACCAUUAUAUUUCUGACUGAUGCCAUUUACACUCGUCUCUGUUACAACUAUCCCCUGCCAUGUGGACCUGGAGGCUGUGUGUCAGAACAAAUGGCAGCCAAGGCAAUGCAUUUUGCAACCUGGGCAUUUGCCGAGAAUUUCACUGGCAUAGCUGAUGUCGCUUCUCAUCCAAUGUUGAUACAAAUAGCCAAGAGAAUGGUCAACAAGCCUCAGCACAAAUCUUCUCUCAAGUUUGUACUGUACAGUGGUCACGACAGCACUGUCACGCCACUCUUAAUAAACCUUGGAGUUCAUGAUCGGACAAGAUGGACACCUUAUGCCACACAUGUGGUUUUUGAACUCUGGAGAGAUACUCUUUUAGACUCUCCAAAGCAGCCAGGUUCUAUAGACAACUUUUAUUUUCGAGUUCUUGUCAAUGGUAUAGUGGUCACCAGUAAAAUGAAAUUUUGUGGUGACGCAUUGGUCAAAGGUGAACUUUGUCCUGUUCAAGAACUGGUUUCGUGGCUCUCUGAUGGGGCAGGAAUUGAAGGAAUGGAUGAGAGUUACAAAGCAUUGUGCUCGUUGGAAUAUCUUUAAUUAAUGUACUCAAUUGGCAACCAAUAUCAUUAUUGUAUUACCCAGUGUGAGGUCAAACCAGAAUGUAUCUAUAGCAAGGGGGUGCAAUCCAAGUUUUCUUUCCUACUUUUUGAAGCAUAAUUUUUAUUUCUAAAACAAAAUGUUUAGUUCCCGAAAAUAUCCAUACCUCCCUCGCAGAAGGUUUUUUUUUC